CCGCGGCGGGCUCAGUUCUUGUUGCAUCACCAACGAGUGCACGCGUCAAAAUGUUUUCGCCGCGAUUGUUUGCGGUACUCGCUAUCCUUGCGACGGCCGCCGCCGUGCCGGCUACCGACCGGCCGGUGCCCAAGCCGGUCACCACGAUAACCGACGACGACAUUAGCGAACCUUACGACAACCCGUGGUUUAGCUUCCCUCUCUUUGGAAAUCUCUUCGCGCCUCUGUGGAAAUUGUUCCCCACUUUCGCCGACAUCGGACCCAGAAUCACCGCUGACGACGACAAGUUCCAAGUUGUUGUGAAUGUUAAGGACUUCAAGAAAGAAAACCUGAAGGUCAAGGUCGAUGGUGGCUUCAUCUUCGUCCAGGGCUCUCACGAGGCUAAACAGGACGACCAUGACAUCUUCGCCAGCCAGUUCUUCCACACCUACGCAUUGCCGGUCAACUCCAGCAGCGCUGAUGUUACUGCCGAGUUAACGAGUGAUGGAAACCUUGUAGUCACAGCCCCCAUCACGAACAGCAGCGAAAAAUCUUCAAAGGUGGACAGAGAAGUUACUAUUGUUGAGACAGGCAAGCCAUUUAAACCAGAAGAGGUUGAAAAGGCGACAACUCUGCCUCCCGCGACCACAGUAGCUGAGGACGAGGAAAGGAAAGAGCCAACGACCCCCUCUGAAGGAAAGGAAGAAGUAACCGAGAAAGAUAAUGUAAUCCCUCACGGAAGCGACGCUGCAGUAUAAAGUGAUAAAUUAGAUUAAGUAUUUAAUUAUAAAUUAGUAUUAUAAUAAAAUAUUUUUUUGUAUUUU